AUGACGCCUUCUAUCGAGAAAUAUGGGCUUCCUCAACAUUUUCCAGCUAAUCUUAGGGUUCUUGUAAUAGACCAUGACAUCACUCUUCUUAAUGCUAUUGAAAAAACGUGUUUUCAAUUCCACUACCAAGUUAAGACAUGCUCUAAGGUUUCCGAGGCCUUGGAUCUUUUGACAAAUACAAAUGAUUGUUUUGAUAUGGUACUAAUUGAAGCUCAAAUGCCUGAAAUGGAUUCCUACGAAUUUUUGCAACAUGUCACACAAGAAAUCAAGAUCCCAGUUAUUAUGAUGUGUGUUGAUGGAUCAACAAAUGCUGUGAUGAAGAGCAUUGUAAAAGGAGCUUGUGAUUAUUGGAUAAAACCUUUGAAUGAGAACCAAAUCAAAAAUAUGUGGCAACAUGUUGCAAGAAAUGUUUUGAAAGAAAAUAAAAAACAAGGGAAAAUGAAUGUACAAGGUAACAAAAAUUCAGGGGAUGAUUAUUUAAUAACAGAAGAUUUUGAAACUCGUAAAUAUAAGCCGCAAACAGAGAAGUCACGUUUAGCAUGGUCACCAGAAUUGCAUAAAAAAUUUAUUGACGCAGUGACUGAACUCGGUGCUGAUAGGGCUGUACCAAAGAAAAUUCAAGAAAUAAUGAAUGUGGAUGGAUUGACUAGAGGCCAUAUUGCUAGUCAUUUGCAGAAAUAUAGACAAUAUUUGAAGAGAGAAAAUCUAGAGCAACACAUUAGAAUUGCUCAAAAUAUUAUGGAAUCCAACAAUUCCUAUGGAUAUUCUCCAGGAUUUAAUUAUGGUGGUGCUUCUUCUUCUACUCAUCACAACCAAAACCAAAAUGCAUUAUUUAAAUCACCAUCAGCAUUAUGGCAAAACAAUAAUUCUCCUAUAGAACAACUUCCCAACAAUAUGUUAUGGCAGCAACCUCAAGAAUAUUCACCAUCAAGAUAUGGAACAUGGCAACAAGUUCCGAUACCGUCGUUAACAACGGCUGCUUUAGGAUCUUCUCCUGGUUUUUCUCCUUUUUAUGGUGAUGUUAACAGUGGAGGAGUCUCCUCCAGUGCUACUGUUGUUGUAGAUAUUGGUAACUCAACAAGGGUAGAGAAUGAGGCGGAGCUGGAUUCUAUCUAUGAUUCACUAGAAAAUAAUAUGUUAUCUUGA